CAUUCAACAUGUGAUCAGUUAUUAAACGCCACAGGGGCGUAGCUCUGAUUUUCAACGUGCUGUUAUGUUAUCACACUGCUCUAGAGAACGAGAGAAGAUCGAAAGAUGUCUCUCUACCGAAACACAGUUUGGUUCUUGAAGGGUCUACAGGAAUAUACAAAGGGCGGCUAUGAGUCCGCGGCGAGGCGCUUUAACGAGGCGGAUCUGGAGGUGAGUGUGAGCGGCCGCUCGUUCAUCAUCACCGGAGCGAACAGCGGCAUCGGGAAAGCCGCCGCCUGCGAAAUCGCCAAAAGAGGUGGGACAGUACAUCUGGUGUGCAGGAAUGAAGAUCGUGCAAAUGAGGCAAGAAAAGAUGUUGUGGAGCAAAGUAAAAAUGAGAAUGUCCACGUUCACCUAGUUGACAUGUCCAGCCCCAGGAAAGUGUGGGAGUUUGCUAGUGGAUUCUCUCAGAAUCACAAUCUACAUGUUCUGAUCAAUAAUGCAGGUUGCAUGGUCAAUCAGAGAGAACUGACAGAGGAUGGCCUGGAGAAAAACUUUGCAACAAACACACUAGGGAUGUAUAUACUGACAUCAGCGCUGAUUCCCACACUGAAGAAGUCGGAGAAUCCCAGAGUGAUCACUGUGUCAUCUGGUGGGAUGUUGGUCCAGAAGUUAAAUGUAGAGGACCUUCAGUUAGAGAAAGGCUCUUUUGAUGGCACCAUGGCCUAUGCACAGAACAAGAGGCAACAGGUGACCAUGACAGAGCAAUGGGCAGCUCAGCACAAGGAAAUCCACUUCUCAUCAAUGCACCCCGGCUGGGCAGACACCCCAGCGGUGCAGUCAUCCAUGCCAGAUUUUCAUGCGAAAAUGAAGAAUAAACUCCGUACUGAAGCUCAAGGUGCAGACACAGUGGUGUGGCUGGCCAUUUCAGAUGUCGCCAGCAGACAGCCCAGCGGCCUCUUCUUCCAAGACAGAAAAGCGGUUUCUACGCAUCUGCCUCUGGCCUCCUCCAGGUCUUCACCAGCUGAAGACCAGAAUCUGAUGAGCAAGCUGGAGGAGCUCGCUGUGAAAUUCAAGUGUUAGUUGUUUGGCUUAGUGGCCAAAUUCACAGAAGCCGUCAUUCCACACACAGACUGCUAUUUUCAUUCUCAGUAACGGUGAGAAUUGGAGAAAUGUGAAAAGCAAAACAGCUUACCAAAACACCCUGAAAUGUUUCAAAUAUUUCAAACCAAUUGUCAGUUCUUCAAACAAAUACACUCCUAAGCAUUUUAGUACAUCCACCCUUUUUUGAGUUUCUUGAUUUGUAAGUAACUUUAUCUGUGGACAAUCUUACCUCUAACAUGAAUGUUGAAGCUGCUGUGCUAAAUGAGUGGAGCAACCUCAAGGAAUUGAGUUUGCAUGCUUGAUGAAUCAGAUUAUUUUAUUCAUAAAUCUAAAACUGCUAUUCCAAAAAAAA